CAUCCUGAUUUUCGUUUUUGGUUUGUUGAAAGUCCAAAUAUAUUUGGGGUUUAGGGUUUUACAAAACCCCCCGUUACUACAUUUCACACACUCUACACAUACUCAAUCAUGCUCCGAUCUACACGAAACUCCACAAGUCGGCUCCUCUACACACUCUCCAAUGCGCCUCCGUCAUGUCCAUCUCCGAUCACAUCCCUCCUCCAUCUCCGCCACUUCGCCGCUCCAGUGGCCAAAGUGAAAGAAGACAAGGAUCCCUGGUGGAAAGAAUCCAUGGACAGGCUUCGAAACAUCGGGAUUUCUGCGCAUAUUGAUUCCGGAAAGACCACGCUUACUGAACGGAUACUGUUUUACACCGGAAGGAUUCAUGAGAUUCAUGAAGUUAGAGGGAAAGACGGAGUCGGUGCGAAGAUGGAUUCCAUGGAUUUGGAACGAGAGAAAGGGAUUACUAUCCAGUCCGCCGCUACGUAUUGUACUUGGAAGGAUUAUCAGGUGAAUAUUAUUGACACUCCCGGUCACGUUGAUUUCACAAUUGAGGUUGAAAGAGCCUUGCGUGUGCUUGAUGGUGCCAUUCUUGUUCUUUGUAGUGUUGGAGGUGUGCAGAGUCAGUCAAUUACUGUUGAUAGGCAAAUGAGAAGAUAUGAUGUACCAAGGCUCGCUUUUAUUAAUAAACUUGACAGGAUGGGAGCAGAUCCUUGGAAGGUUCUUAGCCAGGCAAGAUCCAAGCUUCGCCAUCACAGUGCUGCAGUUCAGGUUCCAAUUGGACUGGAAGAAGAACUACAGGGUCUAGUGGAUCUUGUGCAGAUGAAGGCUUAUUAUUUUACUGGCUCGAGUGGUGAAACUAUUACAACUGAACAAAUACCAGGUAAUCUGGAAGAGAUGGUGUCAGAAAAAAGGCGUGAACUAAUUGAAGCGGUUUCCGAGGUUGAUGAUAAGCUUGCUGAAGCAUUCUUAAGUGACGAGCCUAUAUCACCAAUAGAACUUGAGGAGGCAAUCCGAAGAGCUACUAUUGCACGGAAAUUCAUUCCUGUAUUCAUGGGCAGUGCUUUUAAGAAUAAGGGUGUUCAACCACUUCUCGAUGGUGUUCUUAGUUAUUUGCCAUGUCCAACUGAAGUUUGUAACUAUGCGCUUGAUCAAACUAAGAAUGAAGAAAAGGUUCCGCUCUCCGGAACCCCUGCUGGGCCUCUUGUUGCUCUGGCUUUUAAAUUAGAGGAAGGGCGUUUUGGUCAGUUGACAUAUUUAAGAAUCUAUGAAGGUGUCCUUAAAAAGGGUGAUUUUAUCGUCAAUGUAAAUACAGGGAAGAAGAUCAAAGUCCCUCGUUUGGUUCGGAUGCACUCGAAUGAGAUGGAGGAUAUUCAAGAGGCACAUGCUGGACAGAUUGUAGCUGUAUUCGGUAUAGAAUGUGCUUCAGGAGAUACUUUUACUGAUGGAAAAGUCAAAUACACUAUGACAUCUAUGAACGUUCCUGAACCUGUGAUGUCAUUAGCUGUUUCUCCUGUUUCCAAAGAUUCUGGAGGACAGUUUUCCAAAGCUUUAAGUCGCUUCCAGAGAGAGGAUCCUACAUUCAGAGUUGGUUUAGAUGGUGAGAGUGGCCAGACAAUAAUUUCUGGCAUGGGAGAGCUACAUUUGGAUAUAUAUGUUGAGCGCAUUAAAAGGGAGUACAAGGUCGAUGCUACAGUUGGGAAACCUCGUGUAAACUUCAGAGAGACAAUCACUCAACGUACUGAAUUUGAUUACUUACAUAAGAAGCAAACUGGAGGGCAGGGACAAUAUGGAAGAGUAUGUGGGUAUGUAGAACCACUUCCCCCGGGGUCGUCAAGUAAGUUUGAAUUUGAGAAUCAAAUUGUUGGACAAGCUAUACCAUCAGGUUUUAUCCCAGCAAUUGAAAAGGGGUUUAAGGAAGCUGCCAAUUCUGGUUCAUUAAUAGGCCACCCGGUUGAAAAUAUCCUAGUUGCCUUGACAGAUGGUGCAGCCCAUACUGUGGAUUCCAGUGAACUUGCAUUCAAGUUGGCUGCAAUAUAUGCCUUUAGACAGUGCUAUGCUGCUGCCAGACCUGUUAUAUUGGAACCUGUAAUGUUGGUAGAAUUGAAAGUACCUACAGAAUUUCAGGGCACUGUUACUGGUGAUUUGAACAAGAGAAAAGGUUUGAUUAUUGCGAAUGACCAGGAUGGUGACGAUUCCGUAAUUACUGCCCAUGUUCCCCUCAACAAUAUGUUUGGAUAUUCAACGUCCCUUCGUUCAAUGACACAGGGCAAGGGAGAGUUUACCAUGGAAUACAAGGAACAUUCAAUAGUUUCUAAUGAUGUGCAGACGCAAUUGGUGAACGCAUACAAGACCACCAAAGGAGCUGAAUAGCUGUAGCAUAUUUUGCUUCGCCGUUCUACCUUUUUUGAAGAAUAUAUAUAUGUGAAAAUAUCAUUGUAUUUUUCAUUAGUAUUUCUUAAGACCAACAAUUGGUUAGUAAUUUUAAAUAGGUGUUAUAUAGAAUUUAAUAGUGUUAGUGUACCCAAAGUUAAUACAUUAACACUGAAGGAAGCUGUUCAAAUAAUGUACUAGAGUUGGGGGAAUUAUGUUGUUUACAUGUCAGAAUAUUAUGAUUUAGAACAAUAUUACUGAAUAAGAGAUGCUCCUGGUUGUGAUGAU